UUCCUUUUUGUAGUGGAAUAAUAUUCCAUUGUACAUAUCCAUUACUUCUUAACACUUCCUCCUGUAUUGGUUUACAUUGCCCUGAUUUGUUUCAGAACAUCUUUUCUCCUAUACCUUUUGUUUUCUCUGGAAGACUUUUCUUCCUCUUCCUAACUCUGGAUGGCACACAAGGCUCUCCCUUGUACUCUCUAAACCAGAAUGUUAAAAUCUGAAACCCAAGGAAUACUUUAGUAGGUCCAUAAGUGUCCAGAAAUUUUAUGCAAAAAAAGUAGUUAUGUAUUUACAAAUAAGCAUUUUUCAAGGAAGAGGUGCUUUAAUCAGGUUCUGUGACCCCCAAAUGCUCAAGAAUUAUUACUGUAAACUCUCCUUUGGUAAAUUCAUCCAGUCUGAUGGUUUCACUUGUUACUGUGCUAAUACGGCCAGUUAUAAAUCCACAGCCUGUAUUCCUACAGUUCAUCUCCAUUUUAAUGUCUCAUCAUUAGUUAAUCCUGUAACUCUAAAGUAGAACUCAUUUUUCUCCUAUAUUAAAUUGGCCCCUUUCCCAGUUAUCACAUAUUCGUAAAUGACAUUUUCCCUGUGUCUUUGAAUAAAAAGCUUACAAUUAUCUUGACACCUCCCUUUUCUUGCCCCAUUUUUGGCUGUCAUCAAGUCCUGUGUUUUUUGUUGUUUUCUUUGUUUUUCCCCACUUUCACGGUGUGGCAGAGAGUAGCUCUCUUUUCCAUUUCAGUAGUUACCUUGAUUCAGACCUUUGUUACCUUAUGCCUGCAUUAUUGCAAUAACUAAAUUAAGCCCUCUAUAAAUUCAUCCUUUCCAAGCUCAGCUGAGCCUCCACUUGGCAAAUUUCCUCAUUUCUUCUUGUUAAAGCUCCAUAUCCUUAGUGGUUGGUCCAAGCCUCUCCAUUCUAUUCAUACUUCAUCUUCAUCCCUACUGUUUCUCAGUUGAUGACAGCAUAAUUCUCUUUAUAUUCUUGCAAGCUAACUUUUGUUCCUACUGAAUUUACUCUCCGAACUCUUAUCUUGAAUUUACUAGUGUUAUAAUUUGGGAGCAAUUAAAUUAAGCUCGUUGAUUUUGUUGAUCAGAUCUCUAUUUUUUAGUAAUUUUUGCUUAAUUGUUGCAGUUUCUGAGAGAGGUAUAUUAAAAUUAUGAUCCUGUAGUUGUCUUCCUGUAAUUGUGCACAUUUUUUGUUUUAUAUAGUAUAUUUCAGUGCCAAGUUGGUAAGUAUAUUCAUAAUUAGCCAUGAUGGUUGUAUCUUACUGGAAAGACACAAUGCAAACUCCUCACCUAAGUUAGGCCUAAGUAGUCUCUAGGCCUACUUUGCUCUGUCGUCUGCCUAACUCUUAGUCCCAUCUUUAUCAUUCUUUCCCUUCCAUGCUUCCCUCAGCUACCUUGUUGUUCUUGCUAUUCCUUAAAUGUACCAAAGCUCAUUCUUGUUGCCAAGGCUUUGGUUGCUUUUUCCUCUGCCUAGAAUGUUUGUUUGUUUUCCCAGAUUCUUUUAAUAAUUUGUUUCUGGACCUCAUUUAGGUCUCUGCUAAAGUGUCCCCUUAGUUUAUUUCCUGAUCACACCAUCUGAAAUGGCACCUUCUGUGCUCCUGCAUGGCAUUUCUCACCCUGACAUUAUACAUUAUGUUAGUUAUUUGUAUACUUGUUUAUAGAUUGUCUUGUUCUCAAAGGCCUAGAAUUCUACCUGAGGUUUAGUAAGUAAAUUAUACCUUUUGUUAUAUAGUAUUCCCUUUUUAAUCCUUAUUUAAUGCAUUUUGCGUUAAAUUUGCCUUAAAAUGCUUUUCAUUUUCUUUUGGUUAAUAUAGGCCUGGUGUAUCAUUUUCUUCAUCCCUUUAUUUUCAACCUUUCUUUGUCAUUGUAAGUGUGCCUUGUAAACUAGCAUGUAGCUGGAUUUUUUUAUUUCUAAAAUUUUGCUUUCCUUGUUCACUUUUUGUAAAGUUUUCUUUUUGCCUCUUUAUUAUUGUUCCUUCUGGUAUGUCUUUGAACAUUUUAAACCUAUUUAAUUAUUUCUAAAUCUUGGUUACACAUUUUCCUGUUCACUGUAUUUGAUGGUGCUCUCUGAAGGUUAUAAUUCAUUUCCUUGCAUGUUCUUUAACCUUCGACUGUGAGUUAAUCUUCAGUGGUGAUUGUCUCCUAUGAGAGUCCCAUUUGCCCUGAGCUGUGAAGUGUCCUCACAUGCUGCUAUCAGGUGACCACUGGGGCCCUGUGGAAUUCCCCAGUUCUGACCAGUUUUCAUUUGUACAGUGAGGUAGUGUGACUGCAGAUCCAGAUCUGGGAUUGCUGUUGAACAUGGUGAUUUCCCACUGCUGGUCUUGAGCGUAGCUUUUUAUCCAAAAGUACUUUUUGCUGUAUUUUGUCAAGUAUUUCUGUGUGCUGGAAUUUGAGGGGCUUUUACGUUAACUCAGUUUACCACGUUGAUCUCAAGUCCUAAGGAGUUCAGAAGAGUCAGGAAGGCAGACAACCUCAGCUCGGGUCUGGUUUCUGUUUUUCUCUUCUCCCCUCUGUAUGGUUGGGCAUUUAAAAGUAAUAUGUGCAGAAGCAAUUUAUGAAGAAUGAUUUUAGUUCACACUAACAUCUUUUGGACAGUUACAAUAGGUUCUUGGUUUCUGUCUUUCUCAGUCACUUCGCCUUACUUCAUCUGUCAUUGUGCUUUCUAAUGUUGUUCCUUAGCUUAAAAUACUUUAACAGUUUGGUCUUUACUCUCCUUGGCAAGAUUUAUAAGACCCCUUAUAAUCUCACCCCAAACUAUCUUUUCGGUAUCAUUUUCUACCUCCCCCUCAUAUAAUCUCUCCAGGUCCUGCAGUGACACUAGACUACUUGAAAUUUCAUACUGUGUAUGCUUUCUUACAUGCUUUUUUUGUAUUUGCUUGUGUUUAUUUUUUUCCCCUUUACCUAGGAUUCCCUCCUUCCCUUUUGUCUUUACUAUGCGAUGAAUUCCUUUUUAACUUUCCCCUAUUUUUAACCUCCUUUUUCAGACUUCCUUUGAUUUUGCCCCCACCUUGUGUCUUUCAUUCACAUGGUACCUGUUAAAGUGCUUUAAAUUUUUGCUUUCUCUAAUCAUAAAAGUAAUACCUGCUCAUCGUAAACAAUUCAGAGAAUAAUAAAGUAAAAAGUAAAAGCCCUUCUCCUCAUUUUCUUUAGGUCUCACUCCUCAGUACACAAGAAUAAACAAACCAUUGGAUGUUUAUCUUUUUAGAGUGAAUCAGUCUCUUUCUCAUAUACAUCUAUUUCCACAGAUUUAAACCACAUACAUAGGGUUUUUAUGUUCUUUUAUUAUGUUGUUGUUGUUAGUUGCCAUGGAUUCGAUUCCAACUCAUGAUGACCCCGUGUGUGGAGUAGAACUGUGCUCCAUAGGGUUUUGCUUUUUUUUUAAAUCUCAGACAGUGCUGUAGGGAAUGCAUAAAUAAAUAUACCUUUGCACUCUUGUGCAAGUAUUUCUGUAGGAUAGAUUCUUAAUAGUGGAAUUGCUGGUCAAAGAAUAUGUGUAUUUAAAACUUUAAUAAAUAGCAUUUAAAAUUUCAUUUGAUACUGUCAAAAAGCUCCUGUGUCCCAUUUGCCUAGCUCAUUAUCAACACUGGGUAUUAUACAGUCAUUUAAAUUUUUGCCAGUUGAUAGAAAAAAUAUUUUCUGUUUUAAUCAGCAGUUUUUUUUUUUUGAUGUGAAGAAGCAUAAUUUUACUGUUUGUAUUUCUUCUACUGACCUGUUUAUGUUCUUUGUUCAUUUUUCUGUUGGAUUCUCUCCUUUCUUGUUUGUAGAUGCUCUUUUUAGAUUAUGGUUGUUAAUCCUUUGUCUGUUAAAUGUUACACAUAGUUUCUUCUAGUCAGACUUCUUUGAUUUAAUGGGCAUUUAGGGACUACGUAGUGACUCUCUCUUGCUCUAGACUGGAAGUUUGUUAGCAUCCUGUUUGUCUUUAUAGUCCCAGCACCUAGCCCAUGUCUGGUACAGAUUAAGUAUUCCAUAAACGGUUUGCAGUGAAUGAAUUACAAGACCUGAUCCUUGUCUUCAAGAAACUUAAAAUCUAGUGUCACAUGAACUAGUCAAGAAUUUAGCAAUAAGGAAAACAAAAAAAUAGCAUCAUGUCUAAAUUGCAUAUUAAAUUAUGUGUUAUAGGAAAACUUAUCUGUUGGGAAGCCUCCCUAUGUUAGUUCUUGUGAAACAUCCUACUACUCAGUUUCUUUUUCAAUUGAAUUCUAUACUGAAAGCUGAAAUUUUUUUAUUAGCUUAAAAAUGAAAUCUGUAGCAGCCAUCAUGGAAAUAUAUUAUUCUGUCUUCUUUUGAGGAAGUUGCUAAGUUUACUUCAAAUAAUAACAUAUUUUAUCUUGCACCUGAUUUCAAUUUUAUCUUGAAUUCUAAUUUUUUUUUCCUUGCCAUUUCAGGUAAGACCAUGAAUUAUGGCAUUUCUUAAGUGAAACAUUCAGGAAUGAAGUGAGAGAAAGUCAUAAAUAUAGAAAAUAAGUGAUUUUUAAGUUAUGUCUAUUAAUUUGACGAUAGAUAUAUAUAUUUACCUCCUUAGUAAUGCAAGAAGUCUUUGUGGGAAGCAGAGAAGCAAGCAACUGCAUUUCUUGUGCUCACCUAAAUAUUACUGGAGGGUAAGCCACAUCAGUCCACAAAGAGGUUUUCAUACAAGCAAAGUAAGAUGUAAAUGGACCAAAAGUGAAGCACGUUCUUGCAGUAAGCACUGCUGCUGGCCAAGCAACCAUGGUUUACAUAGUGGAAUUUUGAAACUUAGCACUUCUGCUCCUAAGGGACUUACAAAAGUGAGCAUUCGUAUAUCCCGUAUUAAAAGUACUCUGCACUCUAUUUCAAAGGCUGUUUUUGGCAGUCAGAAUGAAAUGAUUUCACGUUUAGCUCAAUUUAAGCCAAGUUUUGGAAUAUUAAGAAAAGUAUCAGAUAGUGGCUGGUUAAAAGAGAAAAACAUUAAACAAGCCAUCAAAACGCUGAAAAAACAUAGUGACACAUCAACAACAGAGAGUCCCAUUGUAGGUAAAGAUGAAGAUACAGGUAAACAAAGUCUUUUUCAGUACACAAGUAGUAUAACAACAAAAUUUGAAGAGUCAUUCUCCUUUUUAUCAAACCAUAUUAACUCAUACUUCCUAAAUAAGGAAAAAAUGGCUCAGAAAAAGGAAAGUGAACAUUUCCAGGAUAAAUCAGAAUCUGAAGAUAAAACAAUUGAAGGAGACGAAAAAUUCAGUUCUGGCAUCUCGACCAAUGACAAGCCACACUCAGAAUCUUCUUUAGAUCCUGCAAGUCCUAGUGAGACACCUGGAGUUCUUCCAGUUUCUACUAAACAAAGUAUUACUAGCUUUCUUUCUCGUCCAACUGGAGGUGUACAAGCUUUAGUUGGUGGUUACAUUGGUGUCCUUGUCCCCAAAUUAAAGCCUGAUACAAAAAAUACAUCAGAAGAGAAAGAGGCUACGAAAGCUGAGUUGGCUAACGGUAAAGACAAAGUUGCAGAAGAGAAGAAACGUUUAUCUCUUCAGCGAGAAAAGAUUAUUGCAAGAGUGAGUAUUGAUAACAGAACCCGGGCAUUAGUUCAAGCAUUAAGAAGAACAACCGAUCCAAAGCUCUGUAUUAAUAGAGUUGAAGAACUGACUUUUCAUCUUCUAGAAUAUCCUGAAGGAAAAGGAGUGGCUGUCAAGGAAAGACUUAUUCCAUACUUACUACGAAUUCGACAAACUAAGGAUGAAACUCUUCAGGCUGCAGUUAGAGAAAUUUUGGCCUUAAUGGGCUACGUGGAUCCAGUGAAAGGGAGAGGGAUUCGAAUUCUCACGAUUGAUGGUGGAGGAACAAGAGGUGUGAUUACUAUUCAGACAUUGCGAAAAUUAGUUGAACUUACUCAGAAGCCAGUUCAUCAGCUCUUUGAUUACAUUUGUGGUGUAAGCACAGGUGCUGUAUUAGCUUUCAUGUUGGGAUUGUUUCAUAUGCCCCUGGAUGAAUGUGAGGAACUUUAUCGAAAAUUAGGAUCAGAUGUGUUUUCACAAAAUGUCAUUGUUGGGACAGUCAAAAUGAGUUGGAGCCAUGCGUUUUAUGACAGUCAAACAUGGGAAAAGAUUCUUAAGGAUAGAAUGGGAUCCUCACUAAUGAUUGAAACAGCAAGAAAUCCCACAUGUCCUAAGGAUGGAGGUUUGCUUCUAAAUAACCCUUCAGCAUUAGCAAUGCAUGAGUGUAAAUGUCUUUGGCCAGACGUCCCAUUACAGUGCAUCGUAUCCUUGGGCACUGGACGUUAUGAGAGUGAUGUGAGAAACACUGUGAUGCACACAAGCUUGAAAACCAAACUGUCUCAUGUUAUCAACAGUGCUACAGAUACAGAAGAAGUCCAUAUAAUGCUUGAUGGUUUAUUACCUCCUAACACCUACUUUAGAUUCAAUCCUGUAAUGUGUGAAAACAUACCUCUAGAUGAAAGUCGAAAUGAAAAGCUAGAUCAGCUGCAGUUGGAAGGGUUGAAGUACAUAGAAAGAAAUGAAGAAAAAAUGAAAAAAGCUGCAAAAAUAUUAAGUCAAGAAAAAACAACUCUACAGAAAAUUAAUGAUUGGAUAAAACUGAAAUCCGACAUGUAUGAAGGCCUUCCAUUCUUUUCAAAAUUGUGACAAAUAUAUGCAUGUGCUCUCAUGAAUGAAAACGUGCUCCCAGAAGAUCAGUUAAGAAAUUGUGGGAUUCAGCAUGAGUUACCUCUGAAAUACUUAUGAAUUAUGGGGAAUCCUGGGAAAAGAUGGUGCUUGGACCAGCUUCCACAGUCCAGCGGGUAUGCUUGGUUACAGAGUGCUUAUGGGAAUUAGAUUUUUAUGAUAUUAAUAGUUCCCUGAGCUUUAGGAAUCCUACUGUUGUGCUAGUUAGUUUUAGUAGAUAUUAGUGUUACAUUGUUUGAUGUUUAAAAAUUUAUUAAUAUAUAUGCCAAACAAUAAACUGAAAACUAUCAUACUAUAUUUGGUAUUUUUGCUUUACUCACCAUAAUCAUGUGGUUUUAUUUGAUCAUUGAUUUUCUGUGGAAAAGUUAAUAUCUUCUCAAAUUUACAUUACUUACAUUUUCACUAUCUACGUUCUGCAGUCCACAUGCUGCCUCUUACUGCCAUGUCAUCUACAAAAAUGCAUAAAAAUGGAAUUUUCUCUAUCGGAGUACUUUUACAUUUGAGAUAUGAAAGAACCAGAUUCACUUUUCUAUUCAAAAUUUGCUUAUUUCAACGUUGUUUGGUUUUAAAAAAAUACGUAAAGUUCCAAACCCACCACUUUUUCUCCUGGAAUGUCAAGAUGAUAGUGCAUGUUAACAUUUCUGGGUCUAGCUCUAGCUCAUCAUUCACUGUUAUAAAAGCGUUGGGAUUUACUGAGAAAGUGUUCCUAGCAUUAACAAAAAUAAAAUGUGGAAAUCUUUUGUUAAAAGGCUAAUGUGUUUUUUUAAAAAUUAUAGUUCAUAAUGUAACUCCCCAUUUAUUUGUGGCAUUCGUAUACACCUGUCAGCAGUAUAAUUAAAAGAAAAUGUUGGGCUUAUUUUACCUCAUUAACUCCUUUAACCUGCAUUUCACAGAGGUUAAUACUUAAUGCAUCAACCUGAAUCAUUAUUCAUACCGACCAAAUUCAUCUUCGUUUUGUUAUCUCUCCGUUUGUCAUGUAAAUGCUUACAUCAUGUUUAGAUUUAUCAGGAAAAAUGAAGACAAAAGGCCCUUUUAUUUAUAGUUUCAUAUAAACUAAAGCUAUAAACCCUGUUGCCCAAAUUGUUGUAAACUCCUUUGCGAUGUUGAUCCAUAGAGACAGUGAGGUAUGGUUCAGAGUGUGCUGGAAGUUGUUGGAGAGUCUAGAUGCUAUUCCUGGCUCCGCUGCAAAGUCCUAUGUUUGUGAUCUUGAGGAAGGUGGGCAGCCUCUCUGGGCUUCAGGUAUUUCAUUUGUAAAACAAGGAAAGCUAGCUCUCACAUUUUACUUCUCUUUUAUGGCAACCCAAAAGGUACAUUCUGCAAAUGUACAAAAAAAAAA